CUUUUAAAAUAUUUAAUUUAUACUCAACCAUCCAAAUGAAACUAAACAUAUCCCAGCAGACGUGGGUGCACAUUAUUGACGCAGUGGUGGUUCUGACAGCAGUUUGGCAUGUGUUUUUGGCAAUGGUUUUUGGCCAAAAGCAGGUGUACUUUCGGUGGCGGCUUUACACAAGUCACGCUAUGCUGGCGGUGCUGGUGGCAAUAUCAGUAUCAGGCAGGGUCGUUGACGCAGUCUACAUAGCAAGGCUAGUUUCAGUAGGUGUGCUACAAUCGCUGAAUGCAAAAAACACACGAAUGUUGCACUGGUGCAGGUUAAUGGCUAGUGCCAACGGAUGCUACCGGGCGGUUUUGCAUAGCGUUAUCAUUGGCCGCCAGCAGGAAGCUGAAGCAGUAUUAGGAUUUGUAUUUCACGGAUUGCUUAUUUAUGGUGAGGUUGAUGGCAACGAUUGCAAGGCGUUAUCCGGAUCGCUGCGGAAUGUGUUUUUGGUACAGCCCUUUCGCAUGGCACAAAGGGCUAGCGCAAACACAAGCAAUUUGUUGCACAACUGGGAUAUAGGAGAGCGGUUCGCGGCAAAGCACCUCCUGUCCGAAUUCACAUUUGACCCACACCAGCGGUUUUUUGUUGUGCGGGCCAUAGCGCGGAUGAUGGCGCCAGCGUAUGUGCCAAUUUUCCUUGCCGAACAGACACUUUCAUUGGCUCAGUACAUAGAUGCGGUGCUAAUGGGGCGACUGCUGGCCGAGAUUGAUAAACCACAAACGUCGUCAUUGACAUGGUGCCUAUUGCUGGUUGGGAGCCUGGGGGUGGCGCGCUUUGUGCAGGGCCAGGACCUGCGAGUAAACAACUGGCGUAUGGGAGAGAUAAAGCGCAUCACAAAGGCCAUUGAACUGGCUAUAUUCCUUGCUCCAUUGCAGGCAGGAGCUGGACCGCUACAAAACGCCCACAUGUUUCGCUUUGGCAACCAUCACCCCGAACAGCUGGUCUUCGCCGUGUCCAACGUGUUUAUGCAUGUAUCGGCUCUGCUUACCGCAAUUAUCUCAGUUGUCACUAUAGCGUAUUCUCUUGGGACAGGCGUGGCAGUGGCUUCAGCGCUUGUGGUACUCUUUAUUUAUGUUGCCACAAAACUGGGCUACCUUGUGCUAGAAUAUGCGACAGCGCGAUGGUUUGUGCUGCAGCCGUAUGACUGCGUGGACGAGAUCUGCUCCAACAUUACUUCUAUUAAGCUGCAUGCCUGGGAAGAAAAGUACCUGCGCUGGGCGCAGACCUAUGUUGAUGAUGAUGGCGAGAGCUCAUAUCCGUUGCGCUUGCGUGUGGUGCGUUAUGUUGUCAACACAUCUCUCAUUGUCCUGCAGUCAUCUGCCAAAUGCAUUGCAGUUCUGGUGGCAUUCAUGAUGUAUGACGCUGCAAAUGGCAGCUACAACGGCGCACGACUGCAGCAGAUGCGCCAGCAGAUUCACAUGCUGUCGGGGCAUAUCGGGCUGGUUUUUGGCAGCACUUUUGAGUGGCGUAGUGUGCGUGAGUCCAAUCGCAUACUGGCGCUCAGCCUGCGUGCGGAGCGACGGAAAACAAUUGACAGGAUGUCCAACGACAGCAACACAGUGGUCCGGCUGACUGACUGCGAUUUCUCAUGGGAUGCCACAGCGCCAAAUGUGUUGAGCGGCGUGUCUUUUGCGGUGACCUCAGGCCAGCUUGUGGCCGUUUGCGGACCUGUCGGCCAAGGAAAAUCGGCGCUGCUACAGGCGCUUUGCGGUGAACUGGACCUGAUUCGCGGCACGGGGUACACUUCAGCUGCUACCAUUGCAUACGUUGCGCAGCGGCCCUUUAUCAUGGCAGACUCAGUUCAAGCAAACAUUCUUUUUGGUCGCACGCUUGACGCCGAUCGCUACCAGCGCGUGCUAUGGGCAUGCGCGCUGGACGAGGAGAUUGGUCGUAUGCCUGCUGGCGACCAGACCCCCGUGGGCAAUGGCGGGCUGGGAAUUUCUGGUGGCCAGCGCGCCCGAUUGGCUCUGGCACGAGCUGCAUAUGCGGCCGACGAUGCUGAGCUGAUUCUGCUCGAUGACCCACUGGCUGCUGUUGAUACUAAAGUAGCGCGCACGCUUUUAAGCCGAUUGAUUCUAGGUCCAAUGGCGCUUCUGAGCGGGAAAGCGUGUGUGCUGGUGACAAACAACAAGAAAGUGUUGCCCUUUGCACACCAGGUUGUCAGUGUGGUUGGUGGUCAGGCUACGGUAAUUAAGCAGGUGCCUAGAGUUUACCAACACAUGCCUGAGCUCGACAAAGCCAGCCCGCAUCAAACCUUCCACAGUACACUUUAUGGCGCGGCUGAGCUUCAAUCUAAAUGUCCCGAGGAAAAUACUGCUGACCCGGUCCCAAAUACCACCGCAGAAGUGGAUAAGGCAACUGAGGCAAUUGCAGAGGCCGAAAAUGCAUUCAUGUAUUUAUUCAGGAUCUGCGGUUACACGAUUAUCGUGGGCACAGCGGUGUAUGCAUUAGUGGUCACUUUCGCAUGGAGAGCUUCCCAGCUGUGGCUGCUUCAGGCCCAGCGAGCCACAGUAAUAUCACCUUCGACAGUUACCGCACUGUGGUAUUUGCAGUUGGACCUCAUUGUCAAUGUCUAUCGGGGGCUUCUUUUUGCUCUAGACGGGUACUUGAGUACCUACACAGCCCAAUACCUCUGUGCACCGCGCAUCAACCACAAGUUCUUUUCAAGUAUUCUACAUUCUCCCCUGUCUUACUUUGCGUCUGAGCAGCAACAUAGCCGGAUAUCAAAUGGGUUCUACAACUCUGCGCAUGAUCUCCAAAGUUCCAUCCCUGUCCUGUUCAGGAUGGAAGUGACCAUGUUAGUCACCAUAUACAACAGCUUGUGGCAUGCCUGGCAGUUCUCGAUAACGAUUCUUCUCACGAUUAUUCCGGUGACAAUCGGCAUAUACUAUUUGGAGCAGUGGCUGAGCCCCGCGCGAACGGCACUUUGCAGACUGGGCACACAGACAAACAUAGGAAACAGCCAUAUGCGCACAACCGUCAUUAAUGCCGGGCAGACUGUGCGCUUGCUGCAAACAGAGAACCACUUUCGUAAGGCAGUUAUGGACCAGUUUGAUCGCGACACGCAAAGACUCCAGGCCAUGUGGGGCUACUACAACUUGUUCAGGUGCAUACAACAGGCUAUUUCGCAGCUGACAGCCCUGGCCGCCAUAGUCGUGGUGCUCGUGAAGCAACGCACACAGCCUCUGCAUAUGCCGGGCGAUCCAGAUUCCAUCACGUCAGCCGAGGUAAUGCACAUUAUUAGCACAGUUGGCAAGCUUAUCUACUCGAUGACCACCAUUAUUAAAUUGCCCGAGAGACUGGUGGAUUACGUGGAAUUAGUCAACAACUAUAAAUCUUUUACCCAAUUACAGCCGCAGCCGCAAACUACCAGCACCAUGCCAGCGACACUUCCCGAUAACUGGCCAUCGAAUGGCAAGGUGGAAUUUUCCGACUACAGCAUGCGCUACUCCGCCGAUCAGCCACGGGCGCUGGAUGGUAUUUCGCUGACUAUCCGGCCAGGAGAGAAAAUCGGAAUUGUCGGUCGCACGGGCGCAGGAAAGUCAUCGCUGGCCAAGGCCCUUUUCCGUCUAACCGAGGCAGAUUCUGGCAAGAUACUCAUUGACGAGAUGGACAUAUCCAGCAUUCCACUGAAUGAGCUGCGCUCCCGCUUGGCGAUCAUCCCACAAGAAUCCGCUUUGUUCUUCGGUUCAAUCAGGGAUAAUCUCGACCCCCUGCAGCAGCACACUUUGGAGGAUCUAUGGUCGGCGAUCAUCAAGGCGCAGCUGGUAGAUCUUGUCAAUCGCAAGGAGGUCACUGAGAUAGGAGCCACCGCCAGAGAGAAGGAAAACGAGGUGUUUUCGUUAUUUGACUUGGAGCAAGAGCGCACAAAAACAAAGACAGUUAAAAACAGCUGCUGGCGGCGGAUUAAUAUAGAGUCAACGUCGCCGGUUUUGCGCAGCGGGUUGGACAAGUGGAUUGAUAUCGAGGGCCGGAAUUUUAGCAUUGGGCAGCGGCAGCUGGUUGGCUUGUGUAGGGGGUUGCUGAAGAGCAAUAGAAAGAUUCUGGUGCUUGACGAGGCGACAGCGGAUGUGGAUGCGACGACAGACAAUAUUAUUCAUGGGGUCAUUAGAAAGGAGUUCAAGCAUAGCACGGUUAUCACUAUUGCGCAUCGCGUGAAUACGGUUAUUGACAGCGAUAGGGUGGUCGUGCUGGACAAGGGCAGGAUUGUUGAGGUCGACACGCCUGGAAACUUGCUUAAAAGAGACAGCAUGUUUGCUCGCUUGGCCUUGGAUAACAAUUAAAUGCGCUGGUUGUUUUAAUUUUCAAUAUAAA